AUGCCGUACAUUGGUGCCCCACACAGCAAAGAUAGGUUCGAAGCACUCAAGGAAAAGCUAUACAUGGAGAAACAAAGUAGGGACGAUGAGCAUAGAGAAAGGUCGUCGAGUCCGUUUGAGAAACCCCGUGAGAUUAACGCAGAAGACCAGAGGUCGCAUAGAGCAAUAAAUGAUGGCAGCAGUGGGCCUGUGAGUCCAACAUCUUUGCCGGUUGAUGGGAAAAGUCCAACUCCCAUGCCUGAUGAUUCAUGUUCACUUUCUGCGAGCGAAAUAGACUUCAAAGAGCUCGUUACAUUCCCAAACGACUCCACGCAUGCUUACUCUUAUAAUCCUCUUUCGCCAAACUCCCUUGCGGUCAGGCUGCGAAUUUUGAAACGUUCAUUGGAAAUCAUGAUCCGCAACCCCACUUUAUUACUCGAGCACCGGCCAGAUAACCAUUUUAGAGUUCAAACACCUAGUGGAAGCCAGCAAGAUUUCAACUGGGUGUCCCCGCAUAGCAUCAGGUCCUCACAAAGACCUGACAUUCCCAGAAGUUACAGUCAAGAUGGAAUAAAACCACUGUCGACGACAAGGCUGAGAAAUGCGUCGUCUGCGGCGCUGACUGCUCUGGUUUCGAACGCCAAAGGUUCUUCGAGCUCCCGUCAAGUCUCGGGAAGACGUCCUGGGCCCUUUCAGCCUUCGAGUCUUGUACCCAGACCUUCAACUGCUCACAAAACGCUGCCGCCGCGUGAUCAGUUCCUGCUCACAUCUAAAAUUGAACAAACAAAACGAAAAUCUGUCGAUGCCGCUUUCCAUCUUGAUUUAAAAGACGCUUCGACUCCCGUGAGUUUUAAUUGUGGCAACGAUGAUCUUUUCCUGGAUGCCAAGAGCGAGUUGGAAAGUCUUUUGUCUUUACUCAAUGAUGCGUUAGAAAACAACAGUACCGAAAAAGCUACAGAUCUCCACAUGAUAUCGCUUUUGAACUUUGAUAAGCUCUCUUUAGAUGUUGAUCAAGAUGACAAGAACGCUGAAAACCCUGCAGAAAGAACAGUAAAUCAUGAAGACACUUUAAAAAGAAACCUUCUGGAAAGUUUGGCACAACCGUUUUUUGAAAAGUCAAAUGCAUCGGAAUACGCAGAGGAAGCAGAGAGAGUGCUCUACGCGGAUGCAGAAAACACAUCGCCUGACGACUCAUCGUUCGCAAGCAUGAGGAGCACAUCCAUAAAUAACAGGCUCUUACACACCUCAUUUUCCAGCAAAAAUUCAUCUCCCCAGGCCAUCUUCACCUGUUUACAGCAAUUUCCGUGGCAGUUUAAAUCCGCUAAUGAUCUUGCUUGUCUUACUUUCGGAAUUUCUCAAAACGCCUUACGAGCUCUGACAUUGCUAGAUCUCAUUCACAGCGACAGUCGGAAUUUUGUUUUGAAUAAAAUUAUGGCGAGCGAAAAUCAGGAACAGGUCUUCACUGGGGAGAUCGUGGCUAUCAUUCAACCGGGUGAGUCCUCUUCGGAACUGGUUUGGUCAUCCAUCUGGGCGAAAAGGAGGAAUGGCCUAAUUUUUUGCGUCUUUGAAAAGGUUCCUUGUGAUUUCAUGGAUGUUCUCCUGAACCUGGAUGAUUUCUCAGUAGCUCAUAUUGCUGGUGGCGCCGGCUUAAAAGGUACAAAACAAAAAGCAGACAGCAAGGGGCAGAAAAGCUCAGCUGGCGAAAAAGGCUCGAAGAAGAGUGUUAAGUUUCCAGACGAGAUUCAUGACAUAGGCGACCUGAGUAACUCGCUGAAAAAACUUUUAAUGGAUGUUCAAAAUGGAAAAAUACAAGUGAAAGACGGCGAUCUUCUCCCUGCACCGAUUAAAGUCUCGCAUGCUAUUGAUGAGGUACGCUAUUUCACGCUCAAUCAUCUUUCUUAUAACAUCCCUUGCGCCAUAUCCUCAUCAAUUUUGGAAAAUGAAAUGAAGCUCAAGAUCCACAGCUUACCAUACCAGGCUGGUAUGUUCUUUAUUGACUCUAAAGAAUUUACUUUGGUAAGCUUUAAUAAGUCAAUUGCCAAGAAUAUGUUUGGACUGCAUGCGUCUCAAUUGGCUGGACAAGAUAUGUCGGUCAUUAUUCCUUCCUUUCGAGAGAUGAUAGAAUUUAUCAAGAUCAAAUACCCUCACUGGGACAUAUCAUCCCCUGGUAGUAGGGGACUUGUUCUUACGGAACACUUUUUCAGAAAAAUUCAGGCCGAGAUGAUUCACAAGGAGGAAAGCUUUUUCAACUCGAUUGGGAUUGACGCUAUACACAGAGAUGGUUCUACAUUGAAGGUGGAUAUUCAGCUUAGAGUCAUUAAUCAAAUGACCUCACUACUGUGGAUAACACAUUCUAGAGAUGUUGUGUUUGAAAAUUAUACAACUACUCCGUCUCAGCUACCGAUGCUCAAGGAAAGCGAAUUAGCACUUGUUGGUAGCGGGUCUACGUCAAGAAAUUCGUUGAAGACACCUAGUGGAAGACUUCAUGUGGACGAGCUACCGAAUCUUAAGGAUAGUCUCAAGCUAGACGGAAGCACAGUGGGAUCUUUUGAAAAUCACAGCGGUCAAUCGGAAGAGAACGUCGCGGAUUCCCCUGAUACACCUACCGACGACUCAGUCGACGGUCAUACGGGAAGCUUGGAAAUGAAGAAACUGAACGAAGAAAUUCAGGCUAAGCUAAAUAUAACAAAGAGCUAUGGUCAGGACAAGUCGCUUUUUCUGAAAGACGCGAAUUUUAAAUUGAAUGAAGAUCUAAUCUUGUCUCUUACGUCGAAUGCAUCUCGAGAUAAUCCUAAGGUAACCGAGUCGCUGGUGAGGGAAGCUUCUAAUCGGGAAAAUGCUAUAACCUCGAAAGAGACAAUUUUAACUGAACCAGCAAAUAAUAUUGGGAGUCUCAAACAUGUCAAGAAGUUCUCUGAUUUUGCAGUUUUGCAAAAGAUGGGAGAGGGCGCGUAUGGCAAAGUGGACUUGUGUAUGCAUAAGAAAGAGGGAUACAUCGUGGUGAUCAAAUUAAUUUUCAAAGAGAGAAUCCUUGUCGAUACAUGGGUACGAGACCGUAAGCUGGGCACAAUACCGUCUGAGAUACAAAUUAUGGCAACAUUGAACGCCAAGCCUCAUGAAAACAUUUUGAAGCUCCUGGACUUUUUCGAGGAUGACGAAUACUACUAUAUUGAAACACCAGUUCAUGGCUUAAGUGGGUCGAUUGAUCUGUUUGAUUUGAUUGAGCUAAAAACGGACAUGACUGAGCAUGAAGCCAGACUAAUAUUCAAACAAAUCGUGUCUGGUAUAAAACAUCUGCAUGAUAACGGAAUUGUUCACCGUGACAUCAAGGACGAAAACGUAAUUGUUGAAAGUAAUGGGUUCGUGAAGAUCGUGGACUUCGGAUCGGCAGCCUACAUCAAAAGUGGGCCUUUUGACGUUUUUGUGGGCACCAUCGAUUACGCUGCUCCAGAAGUCUUGGGCGGAGAGCCUUAUGAGGGCAAGCCGCAAGAUAUAUGGGCUAUCGGGAUACUGCUCUACACCAUCAUCUUCAAAGAAAAUCCAUUUUACAACAUAGACGAAAUUCUCGACGCCGACUUAAGAAUAAAUUCCAGUAGGCAUGUGAGUGACGAUUGUGUCAGUCUUAUACGCAAGAUCUUAAACAGAUCUGUCAGCAAAAGACCCUCUAUAGAGGAUAUCAGUAACGACAAAUGGCUCGAGGUUUAA